CCGACAACUAGCAGCCAGUUUGCCCGUUUUGGCAUGGGACACUUCCUGAAGUGGGCUCGAUCCGGCCUCGCUGGGAUUGCUCACAUGGUCUCUUUUCGGAACCCCAGCGGUCCGAGCAAUGCUGACAAGGGCAGCUGCGAAUGCGUCUUUUGUCAGGAAGCAUUCACAUCCAGGAACAGCUUGUUCAAGCAUUUGCGCCUGGAGCAUCCAUCGGUCCACAACCGGACCUGCGACAGAUGCAAGGCUUUUCCUUUGCAUGGUACCUGCUACGAACGCAAAGAACCAAGGGCUGUGCUGUGUAGCAAGUGCUAUGAGCAGUGUGGAGAGCAGGCUGAUCCAGAUGUUUGUUCCCAGACUUUCUCAAGACAUGAUCGUCCGCCGCACAUGCAGGACAUUCAAGCUCAGCCAACAAGAGAGCGUAAAGUGAAGGAAUUAGCCCCAGAUCUGCUUGUCCCCAGAGCACCUUUGCAGUUUGGCAGCUCCAAGCUGCCCAAGUCUCUUGCAGAUGCCUUUAACAAGUUUGCAUCUGCUGAAAGACCUUUGUUCCGCAUCCCAAGUAAGAUCCUUCUCCGCGAGGUUCCCCGCGAGGAUCUCGAGAUGGCGUGGAGAAAUGAUUUGCUGCGCGGCAUGCCCAUAGGCCUGAAAUCCACCUUUGCCCACGAAGACAAAGACCAAUGGCUACAUUUGGCAAUGAAAGACACAGACAGAGAUGUUGCAUUGUCACCUUUGGAACCUGAAAUGACUUCAGAACUGCUGCUUGCGAUCCUUCGGUUUCAAACAUUUCGGACGAAAAUCAGCUGUUACCACGUCAGGCUCACGGCAAAGUCCACCUGGAAUUGUGGAAACCGAGUUGUGGACUGGCAAGCUUGUGCUGAAGAAACACCUGGUGUUAGGAUCCACCGGGAGAGGGGGGCACGUGGCUACAAGAGUGCUUCAAUUGCGCUUCAGCGCGCAAGGUCUGUGAAGCCGCUUGACUUCGAAGGAUUUGCCUUCUCCUUCCUAGAACGGGUGGAUGGUGUGGAGUUUUACUCCACUCCAAGUUUGGCGGAAUCGAUGUUUCACUAUGGCCAGAAUCCGGAGCAUGCCACGGUGCCGCUGGACGUCUGCUACGACUUGGUGUGGCGAGCUCGUCAAUCUGGGUUCGCCCAACCCUCUAAGCGCCGCACUUUGAUCGUAAAGCUCGACAAGCAUGGUGUGCAAGCGGCCAACCAGCAUGGUGUGCAGGAUGAACGUGAUGUGGUGCUUGCUUCGAAACCCAAGUCCUCGAGUGCUUGGAGGAAUUCCUGUGAAGGUGUAGAGGAUGAGAUGGAAUUUGGUCGCUUUUGUGUUCAACGACUUCUUCUCAGUGAGGUUCUUCCAACUCGGGGAAUGAAACAAUCUGCCAGCUGCCAGCAGAAAUAUGGUGGAUCCUUUGCCAGAGAGCUUUGCACUCAUCAUGAAAGGAGACAGUGUCACUAUGGUGAAGAUUGCAAGUUCAUCCAUCGGCGCAUUGAACUGCUUCUGGACAUUUCAACGGUUGAAAGGGCAAGAGAAGCUUUGUGAGAAGUUGAGUGAUGAGAAUUGCAACAUCAGAGAUUUAGAGCUUCGUGAAAUCUUCUGGGAAGCAAUGAAGAAGGGCGAGUUGCGGAUCUCUUUGAACAUGCUGUUGGACAGGUGGUCGGCAAAGAAUGGAACCAGUGAAGAAGUUCUUGUGGAAAAUCUCAAGGGGGAACUAAAGGAUGGGAACCUGACAAUUUUGGUCGUGGCAGCUUCUGCCCAUUUGCAACGCGAGUGGCAUGAACGAGCUAUGAAAGAUUUGAAGUCUGCGAUUAAUGUGCCGGAAGCUCGCGUCUUUCUUUCUCCCGUGUUGACCAAGCCACCAUUGCAACUUUUGGAUUGCUUGGAUGAGUACUUCAAGAAAGAGCUUUUGGUGCUGAAAGUGGUGUAUUUGAAACGCCUUUGCAAGUCCUGCUUUGCCCUGCUCAUUCCCAACAGCAGUUGGGUGGGGCUUGCCAAGAGAUCAGGCUUCAGCUUUCAAGAGGAAGGGCAGAAGAAAGGUCGUUGGAUUCUGAGGAAAUGCAAGGGAACGCGUCGUUGUGAAUGGACACCGCAGAGCGACACCGCUGAGCGCAAAGCCGAUUUGAUCCGUUUCAUGCGGGAGGGCUUGGAGGAUUGGCCCUCCGUUGGAGUGUUUCUGGAAUCUGCGCGGAUUUUUGGACCUCCGUCCUUGCAGCCCUCACCGGCCAGACGAUCGCGUUUGGCGGCCCUGUACUGCAUCUUGGAGGAGAUCACAGGGCUGGAGAGUCAGGUUGACAGCGAUGAAGAGGAGGAGGACGAGAUGAUGCGGUGCGCUGAUUUGGACGAGAAGUUUCUGGACGGAGAAGGUCUUUCGACCAACACCAGGUCGACCAUGUUCUCUGAGAUGGACUGGGGUUUGUUCCCACCGCCGAUGUGCAUGGGCCGUCAGAGGACCUGGCCUGCACCCCGCAGUGCUAUGCAAAUGGUCCAUUUGCUGUCACAGGAGUGUGACAGCGAAAAGAGGGCGAAAAGUGUGGUGCGUGGGAAACGUGUGCUGAACCGCACGCGUGCAUACGCACGGCUUGGCACGAUGCUGAACAAGUUGAGGUACGAAGAAGGCAUCUUGGUUGAUGGAGAGUGGAUCACAGAAGCUUCACGUGCUGCUGCUUUGCUAGACUCUGCCGGAUACGAUGGGGAUGUUAUCGAUGAAUGGGUUGGAGACAGCAACAUCUCUUCCGAUUUGCUGAUGGCUAUGAUUGCGGCGAAGUGGCGAAGGUUUAAUGGAGAAAGGAAUAGUGGAGCUGCUCCAGAUGCACAGGAGGUCUUGGGUGGACUGCUGCUGGCGCAAGCGAUGAGUCAUGGGCAAGGGAGGUCGCAUCGAAUUCGCAAGCCGAUUGUGGGAAUGCUUUGGAGGCAUGAACGCUUGCGAGGCAAGCUGCCGUUGGCCUCUCGUGGAGGACAGGGUUCACCGGCUGGUCUCUUGUCGCAACUGUCAGGUGUCCAAAUUUGGCUCAUGGCAGGUACCAAACGAAGCCAACCUAACAGCGAUGGCCUCCAACCUAGAUGUGUUUCCUGAGGUUAGAGCAGAUCAACUAGUCCCAGGUCAGGCGUGUAACACACCCAAGCAUCAAACGGGUCAAGUCUUGCGCACUUGCCCCUGCGCAACCGCUGCGUAACUGCACAACUGCUCCGGAAGUGGUCAGGAAGUGUGGGAAUGGGCAUGGACACUUGUCGCUCAGAUCAUGACAUUUUUCUGCAGAUCAAGCAUGGAGACGAGGACAUGGUUCAGACUGUGUACGAGGUCUUGCUGGAUCUGCAGAGACAGUCCACUGGUCAUGAGGAGCGCUUGAAGCGCGCGAAGGUCGUACGGAAGGACUUCGCCGUGGAGAUCCAGGACUUCUACCGUGGUAGGGACUUUGAUCUCGUCCCCUACACAGUGAAGCCAGAGCUCCAGGAGUGUCAGUGGGACAUCGAUCGGAAGGUUUGGCAGAGGAUUUUGCACCGGGAUCUGGCGCCGAAGUUGCAGGAGCUGUCCCAGGAGCAUCCGGAUGGCUUUUCGAUGACGCGACUGCUGAAGAUCUACAAUGAAUCGUUGCCACCUCUUCGUAGGUCCGCCGAGAGGCAAAAGGCUCCGCUCAUCUCCUUGCACCUUCCCUUGUUGGUUCUUGGAGCUCGCGAUCAACAAAAGUUUGACUCCUGUCAUGAUCCUCAGAGCUACUUUCUGGAAUCUUUGAAGUUUAUCAGAGAGCGUUGGUCUUGUGAAGUGCUGGAGACGGUGACCUUGCAGGAGAUCGGGGCAGAAGUUCACUUGCAACGGAUGACCAAGAAGUAUCGAGAGGCAGGGAUGGAGGAGGAAUUCGCCCGACGUCUGGAUGAGCAUCUCGUGAUCUUGACCAAGCUAUGCGAGGAGGAAGGACGUGACAAGGCGGCUGCUGAGAGGAUCAUCCAAGGAGUUCGAGGGCUGUUUGACAGCCAGAACCUGUUGGCGCCAGAGCCAGCCUACAGAUCCAGGCUGUGAACAGAGGCUUUCUCAAAGCUCGUUGGGGUGACGAUCAGGGGCGCAUGAACUUGGGAGAAAAGCUCCGCCGGGGCGCC